AUGUGUGAGACAGGGGCCCGGGGUACAGGGGAAUCAUGGCAGGUGGAGGAGCCCGUGCCCAGAGGCUGGGCGGAAGGGAGAGUGGCAAGCAGCGGGUGUGAGUGGGCUGUGGUGCCAGGGAGGUGGAGGGAGAAGACCCCCGUGGAGCGGCAGGAGAGCGGGCCAGACUGCUAUGUUGGGCGGCACCGCUCCCAGGGCCACCAUCGGGGCAGUGACCGAGUGAAAGCAAUUGCGCAGGAACCCCCAGACAGACCUGAAAUCUGGGCCCCUGGGCCAAGCGCGCUGACUCUGAGGAGGCGGAUUAGCCUCUGCCCUCCAACAUCCCGCCCCGCGCUCGCCUACUCCGCCCAGCUUCUCGUCCGCGCGCCGCCUUCGAUUCUCGCCUGCAAGUGUGGGGCCUUCCCCGUCAUCAGGCUUGCGAACGGCCCCGCCCGCUGUGAGAGCACCAAGUCACGGUACCCAUUUGGUGGGAGGGAAGUGGAGCACCGCCCAAGAAGCCUCCGGUUGGCGUCUGGGGCUGGGCACCAGGAGCUGGAAAUGACCCGGCCUUGUUCUUACUCCGAGCCCUUGCAGAACACUCCCAAAUAUUCUAAUGACACCCUGAAGGUGGAGCCAGUGCUGGAAGGGAAUCUGAGCCUCCUGCUCCUGAAGAAUGAAUUAAAAAACAAAACAAGUAAACCCCCAAACCCUAGGACUAGGAGCGGCAGUGAGCAGGCAGAGCACAUACUUCCUGAGACACUACAGGUGAUGCACUUUAAUAUUCUCUCCACAGAACAUGGAACACCAUCUUUCUCAACCCCCAAGAGGAUUUUUGGGGCCAGAUUCUGCCUCCUGCUGUUCCUCUCUGUGGCCACCAGAGGGCAGAGUGCAGCAGCGACCCAGUCUGUGGAAUGGUUCCCGGAGAACGAAUCGUGUGCCCCUUUUCUGUCUUUCCUGCCUCGGAGCUGCAAGGAAAUCAAAGAAAGUUGCCAUAGAGCAGGUGAUGGCCUGUAUUUCCUCCGCACUGAGAAUGGUGUCGUCUACCAGACCUUCUGUGACAUGACGUCUGGGGGCGGAGGCUGGACCCUGGUGGCCAGUGUGCACGAGAAUCACAUGGCUGGGAAAUGCACGUUGGGUGACCGCUGGUCUAGUCAGCAGGGCAGCAGGGCCGACUACCCCGAGGGAGACGGCAACUGGGCCAAUUACAACACCUUUGGGUCUGCAGAGGCGGCCACCAGCGAUGACUACAAGAACCCUGGCUACUAUGACAUCCAAGCCCGGGACCUGGGCAUCUGGCAUGUGCCCAACCGGUCUCCCCUGCAGCAGUGGAGGAACAGCUCCUUGCUGAGGUACCGCACCAAUACUGGAUUCUUCCAGAGGCUGGGACAUAAUCUGUUUGGACUCUACCAGAAAUACCCAGUGAAAUACGGAAUAGGGAAAUGUUGGACUGACAAUGGCCCAGCCAUUCCUGUUGUCUAUGACUUUGGUGAUGCUCAGAAAACUGCAUCUUAUUACUCACCCUAUGGACAAAGAGAAUUUGUGGCAGGAUUUGUCCAGUUCAGGGUGUUUAAUAACGAGAGAGCAGCCAACGCCCUGUGUGCUGGGAUGAGAGUCACUGGCUGCAACACUGAACAUCACUGCAUUGGUGGAGGAGGAUUCUUCCCAGAGGGCAAUCCUUUGCAGUGUGGGGAUUUCUCCGCCUUUGACUGGAGCGGAUAUGGAAGACACAUUGCUUACAGCUCCAGCCGGGAGAUAACUGAGGCUGCUGUGCUCCUGUUCUACCGCUGAGAGCUGGGCGGUGGGAGACGUGGAGCCCAGUCCUAACCCCAGGUCCUCAGAGAUGGAAACACAGAAUGCUAACAAGGAGGA